ACUAUAAAACACCUUCUGUCUUCUCUCUUCCCUGUGUGUGUGUCUGUUUGUGUGUGUGUGUCAGAAAUCGUGGACUACAUCGAGCGUCUGCUGGUUUUGCGGGAGAUCGUGAAGAAGUUUCCUCCUGUGAACUACCAGGUCUUCAAAUACAUCAUCACACACCUCAACAGGGUCAGCCAGCACAGUAAGUUGACCCUGAUGACGCCCGACAACCUGUCCAUCUGCUUCUGGCCCACGCUGAUGCGGCCCGACUUCGAGAACAAAGACACGCUGUCCACCACCAAGCUGAACCAGGCCGUCAUCGAGUCCUUCAUCGUGCAGAGCGACUACUUCUUCCACGGCGGCGAGGUGGCCGAGAGCUCCAGCAGCGAGGGCACGCCGCCGCCGCACUGCCACAACAUGGUGGAGGCUCUGCUCCCGCUGCAGCUGCCGCCGCCUCUGCAGCCGCAGCAGAUCCAACACACCCUGCACCCCGACCCACUCAUCUAAGAGCCACAGGAGCAUGCUGGGAAAAGACGUCUGGGGAUGUUUGUGUGAGCUGCCAGCCGCCGAUGGAAGCCGUCUUCUGCUCUGCAAAACGCUGCUCGACUGUUCAAACAAAAUUAAAAAAAAAAAAAAAAAAAAAAAAACCUGAAUGAGAUUUGGGGAUGAGCAGCAGCUGUUUGUCAGCGACUUUGAGGUGAUGAGCUCCGGGGUUUAGAGACACGUCGAGCGUUUGUUGGAUUAAACCUAAUCUGUGAGAUCGAGGUAAAUCCUGGAUUAGAGAAUCGCAAUCAGACGUCACCUUUUGGAACAAAUUUUUUGCCCUUUUAAGACACGAAGGCUGAAGUAGCCGAUGAAUGAACUGAUUUGAUUUGGCACAUAGCGACAACAGUAAUCGAUAAGCAGGGUCUGACAUGGACUCUGGGGAUUCUUAGAUACGUGGUGAGCAAAUAAAAAAGACUCUCCUCUUACCUUAGCCUGAUGAAUAGCACACAAGCCCCCCUUAAACCCAGCCCACCCCCUCUGCUCCCACACAAGAGAAAAGGGAAGUUCGCCCCCACGACUGCAACUCAAACAUUCAAUCCCUCGACACUCGUUGACUGACCGACUCCUGACAUACUCCACUGACUUGUUCCUCUACUUUCUGUUGGCUGAAAGAAUUCUCGGAGUUUUCCAGCAGAGCUCCACAUUUCAGCACAGAAAAACAUUUCUUCCCCUUCUUCAUGUCGACGAGAGGAAGAGUUCUUCUCUCGACGCCUAACAGGCUCACAAACAAACGGUGCAUUUGGGAACUCAAUGAGAAAGAAAAAUGUGGAUUUUUUUUUUUAAAGGUGUGGGCAGCAGGAAGCUCUGGAUUAAAAAAAAAAAGAAAUGAAAAUGACACAACAUAUGAGCGCCCCUACAGGACAGGACAGCACAUGCACGAUUUGUGUCAAAGGUCCCUCGAGCCAAUUUCACGACUGUUUGUGUCCUUUAAGUUUUUAUCAUUUGGAUUCUUCUUUUUUAAUAUCCUUUUUUAACGUCUAAGUGUGUUUGUGUGUGUGUGAUGACGAUGAUGUGUGUAAACUGACCUGAGGUCUGUGUUACCGCCAAUGUGCACCUUCUCCUCAGAGGGAAGGAGGGAUCGACGAGGGAAUCAAAUCAGAAUCAGACUUUACAGCCAAACUGUCUCUUUAACUCUUCAUGCAACGACUGACUCCCCCUGAUCUCUGCAGAGGACGACCUCUGACCCCUCCGUGUCGGCACAUGAUGGAGGAAACCACUACGUCUGUUGGGUUCGAGGACCGCGCGUCUUCCGUGUUGGAUUACUUCCUCCGCCUUGAGGAGGACGCUUCCCCGCUCUUUUCUGUUUCUGUUGUUCUGUUGGAAACUAAAACUUUGCAUGUCUCUGUUUUGCCACUUAAAGAAAAAGAACUUUAGAGUAAAAAAAGAAAAAAAAGAAAAAAAAAA